AUUGUAAUGAGUUUUGUUAAUAAAGUUGUCCUUAUAACUGGUGGCAGUUCUGGUAUAGGAGCCGCUACAGCUAUAGCUUUCACUAAAGAAGGUGCAAAUGUAGUGAUAGUAGGAAGAAAUGAGGAAAAGCUGAAAGGCGUUAUAGAAAAAUGUACAAGUGCAGGAAAAAAACCUUUAUCGAUCAAAGCGGACAUUACACGCGAGGGAGAUCCCGAAAGAAUAGUUCAAGAGACAAUCGAAGCAUUUGGAGAAAUAGACGUUCUUGUCAACAACGCGGGACUUACAAGAUUGGCCAAAAUUCUGGACAGUAACAUUUUGGAAACGUAUGAUCUUAUCAUGAACACGAACCUCCGCGCCCAGAUUCACCUGACACAUUUAGUGGGUCCUUCUUUAAUUAAAUCUAAGGGAAAUAUCAUCAAUAUCUCCAGCAUAUCUUCAAAAACAAGACCAACUACUGCAGGAAAUGUAAUAUAUGGUAUAUCAAAAGCAGCAUUCACGCAUUUCUCCCGCGCAGCCGCUGCGGAAUUUGCGCCUCAUGGUGUAAGAGUAAACUCCAUUAGUCCUGGACCAGUUGAAACUGAUAUUCUAGAUAAUGCUAGCCUAAAUAUAUCCUUCUCUGAUCUAAAGGAUCAUAUGCCACUUCGUAGAAUAUCAGAACCAGAAGAAAUAGCUGAUAUUAUCCUUUACAUGGCAAGCGAUAAGGCAAAGGCCAUAACUGGAUCAGAUUAUGUAAUAGAUAAUGGGUUUUUAUUGAAAUUUUGA